UAAUCAGCAAACAAAACACAAAAGCGACCAUCCUUCCUCUUCUUUUUCCUUCCUUCUCCUCCAUCGAAACAGCUAGUAGAAAAGGUUUGGCGACAACGGAGAGAAAAUGACGCACGUUGUAACGACUUAGGUGGAGAGAUGGAGAGACGGACAGGGGAUCAUCUGCAUCAGUGUGGUGAUUAGGAAGCAAAGGGAAGAACCUCCACCUUUCUCUUCUUCUUUUCUUCCUGUAACCACACACCACGGGAAUCUAGUUAAUCCUCGAUCUUCCCCUACUUCUGUUGCCAUAAAAGAAGGAAAGCGACAGAAGGAACAGAGAGACAGAGAGUGUGUGAGAGACGGCAGAAGAGGGAUUCAUAUGGGGAGCGCCGCGUCGAGAGAAUCUCACCUGAUGGGCACGACGGCAUCCAAGUCUGGUCGGAAGUAUGGGUCGCGCCAUCAACAGCACCAACAGCACGGCGGUUCCCUCCCUCCCUACCUCUCCCGCGUCCGAUCCCUCCCAUCCUCUUCGCCGCUCUACCGCCCUUCCUCUCGCCGCAGGGACGACUCCCACCAACCCCCCUCCCUCGCUCUUGAACCCCUGCCCGACACCAACGACCCGCCCUCGCCUGACCAUGUCGACGCCGAGGACCCCAUGCACCUACCCGGCGACCCUCCGCUCGUCUCGAAGACGCCGGCUGACUGUCGAACAACGGCGUCCGUCGGCCGCUCUCUCAGUCUUCAUCACGGUUUCAACGGUAAGUUCGUCACAACCUCCACCGCCGAUGAUCCGCAGUCCCUGCGGUGGCAUCUUUCUGACGAGUUGACUAGACUGUCAACCCUGAACUCCGGUGUAGAGUUAAAGGAUUCCGGCCAACAGAAGCCCGCCAUUCCGAGCUCCAAAAUCUCCCCGGAAGUGCCUCCUCCGCCGCCUCCGGGGAGCGAAGGGAAGAUAGUGGUGUACUUCACGAGCCUGCGGGGGAUCAGGCGGACGUUCGAGGACUGCUGCGCGGUGCGGUGGAUUUUCCGGGGAUUUAAGGUCUAUGUGGACGAGCGCGACGUCUCGAUGGACUCCUCUUACAGGAGGGAGUUGGAGAGCGCGUUCGGGGGGAGCGUCUCGCUUCCGCAGGUGUUCGUGGGGGGGAAGUACAUCGGAGGAGCAGAGGAGGUGAGGUAUCUGGCUGAGAUCGGAGAGUUGGGGAAGAUCCUUCAAGGGUUUCCUGUUCGAGAGAAAGCCGAAGUCUGCGCGAUGUGCGGGGACGCGAGAUUCUUCCCCUGUGAGAACUGCCAUGGCAGCAGGAAGGUCUACGAGGAGGAAGACUGUGGCGGUUCUCUUAGACGGUGUACAGAGUGCAAUGAGAACGGAUUGGUCAGGUGCCCAUUGUGUUGUUGUUAAGAAUAAGAAAAGGUAACAGAUGCCAUGAUCGAUGGUGUUCCACUGUUUUGUGAUGAAGAUGACCCGACAAAAUGGAAAAGGUGGGUAUGCUAUUUCCCAUUUGCUAAUUCUGUUUAUAGUCUGUGUAUAUGAGUUCAGGUUCGAAUUGGGGAUGGAGGAUGUAAAGGUUUUCUCUGUUGUUUUUGUGCGGCGGGAUUCGUAGCUAAGUUGGUUCUUUGUUCUCUGUAACGAAGCUCAAACUCUUUAUUUAUGUAUUGGAUACGGAGAGAGGUUGGAAAAUUUUAAAUGUCCUCUUCGUUCCUUGAUUUUCCAAUGUGACGAAGGACAUAAUUUGCUGUAUAUAUCUUGAGAAAUAUGCUAUCCAUCCACAUUCUGAAGGGGAUGCAUGUUCAAGUUGUUAUUGAGCUUGCACCUUGUAGAAUGGAUUGUGAUUGAAUGGUAAU